AUAAUUGUUACACAAAGAAUCAUAAAGAUCUGAAAACUAUAAAUUCUGGUGAGAAAUCAAAUAGUAGUAAUUCCAAGAUGAAAUCUGACACUCUUAUGGAUUUCCUUUGCGAUUGUUUUCCAUUAAAACUCGCUUGAUUUCUGAAAAUUUCGGCUCUUCAGUUUGAUCGAUCAUAUGCGGAUGCAUGUGCGUAAGUCGUAGUGAUAUAUAGUGUUGGAAUCGCAUUUAAAUACAGGGUAUAUAUUGAUUAUUUGUAUAAAAAUCGGAAACUCGAUCGAUGCCUGGGAAUCGGAAGCUGCAGAGGAAUGCUGGGCUUUCCAGUUCUUCCAGUUCCGCUGCCGAUAAAGUUGAAGAGGUAAAGGGGAGGUUAAAGAUGGAGGGCAGUGAUGAUAAUGGUGGAGUAGGUGAUGACCGGGGCCUGUUCCCCGAUCGACCAGGUGAACCUGAUUGCUUAUACUAUUUGAGAACAGGGACCUGCGGUUAUGGUAGCAAUUGUCGUUUCAACCAUCCCUCUAAUGCAGGAGGACAAGUGCAUGGUGUUAAGAACACCAGUGAGCUUCCAGAAAGAGCUGGAAAACCGGAUUGUGGGUUUUAUCUAAAGACUGGUACAUGCAAAUAUGGAUCUACAUGUAAAUAUCAUCACCCUAAGGAUAGGCAGGGUGAUAAUCGUCCCAAGGAUAGUAAGCCUGACUCAUUAAUCUUAUUGAAUAUUUUGGGUCUACCAAUGCGUCAGGACGGAAAGGCAUGUCCUUAUUAUAUGCAGACUGGAUUAUGUAAAUAUGGAUAUGCUUGCAAGUUCCAUCACCCUCAGCCCACAUCAGCUGCAAAUGUCUUGCCUGUGGUAGGACCUGUCUAUGGUUCAGGAGCCUCUGCAGUUGCACCUUCAUCUGGUGCUCCAUCUGUAGGUGAAAUUCCAGCACCAACAUUACCUAAGGCAACUUAUUUCUCUAGUUCUCUCCUUCAUGUUCCUCAAAGCUACAUGCCCAUAAUUUUAUCUCCAUCACAAGGCUGGAAUACUUAUACGGGAAGUGUCAGCCCUUUAUCUGUAACUAGUGUCCUCACUGCACCAGCAUCGGAUGGGCAGCUACCAGUUCCUUAUCUGCCUCAGAGACCUGAUCAACCAGAAUGCCAAUAUUACAUGAAUCAUGGAAGCUGUAAAUACGGAUCAAAUUGCAAAUUUCACCAUCCCAUAAAGAAGAUCACACAAUUACCGCCUAGUUCCCUUGGUCCACUUGGGCUUCCUUUAAGACCUGGGUUACCAGUAUGUUCAUAUUACAGUCUUUAUGGACUCUGCAAAUAUGGGCCUACCUGUAAAUUCGAUCAUCCCUUGGACGGUUAUGCAUACGCAUAUAGUUUGAGCGUCCCUCCUCUAUCUGCGCCUUAUUCACCUUCCAGUCCAUAUCAGAGCACCUCGUCGUUGGCGCCAUCUUCUGAAACCUCUCCCUCUAAACCAUCAAAGUUAAAUGAUUGGAUCAAGAAAGGUGUGCCUGCCAGCAACAAGAGUCGGCAUUCAAACACAAAAAGCGGUAGGGAUUCACCUGAUGUAUCCGAUUCUCAGCCACGUUCAUCCAAAACGUCCUCUGAAAUUAUGCAGAACGAAUCUGAUUGAAGUGUUCUGUCCAAACCGUCUGAAAUUAUGCAGAACGAAUCUGGUUGAAGUGAUUUGACUUAUUCAGAACCAAAUUUUUGAUCAUUUUUGCUUCAAUUUAUUAAGUACUGUUUUGACGCAAAUGUUUUUCGAUACUGAAGUUGGAGAUUUCAUAUGGCCUUUUCCUUCCUUAUACUUCCCUUUCGUGACUAUGCUGUGUGGACGGAAAUAUCGGUUUACUUGGAACAGAGUUCACUUGUUCCCAGAUCCAGGCUGAGUAUUUGUAUUUUAGCCUUUCUGCUUGUUAUGUCAUUUUUGCCUUCAGUAAAAA